AUUUACUUGCUUUCCAACAUGGCGAUGGAUGGCACGUAAAUUUUAGUUUUGGAGAACAACAUGACGGAUUACUGUAACGUUUGACCAUCUGAAUGCAAUUUGGCUCGCAGAAAAACAUCGCCUUAUCUGUAUAAGUACAUUAACUAUCUGAUUAAUUUGUUAAUACACGUAAGUGGGAGAUGUAUCGACGCGGAGCUGCGAAGAAAGACCACAACAACAAACCGGUGAAGAAGGACGUGAGUGACAGCGAUAAAUAUGCGGACCUUUUGGUGUUUGGAUACGCCUGCAAACUGUUCCGAGACGACGAAAAGGCUCUUUACCACGAACAUGGAAAGCAUCUUAUACCAUGGAUGGGGGACAAGAGCAUCAUGAUUGAUAGAUAUGAUGGGCGAGGUCACUUACAUGACCUUUCAGAAUAUGAUAGUGGGUCAUGGAACACGUCCUACCAGCUGACAGAGGAAGAGGCCAGGAUUGAAGCACUGUGCGAUGAGGAGAGAUAUCUGGCUCUGCACACUGACCUGCUGGAAGAAGAGGCUAGACAAGAGGAGGAAUACAAACGUCUGAGUGAGGCUCUGGCUGAUGAAGGUACCUACAAUGCCGUGGCCUUCAAAUACAGUGCUGACUACUAUGACCCCUCUCAACCCACUGAGGAGGAAGAUGCUAACAAGGAAGCAGCAGAAGCAGAGCCCGAGGAGAACGAAGAACCAUUUGUUGCACCCCCGGGGCUGGCUAUUCCUCCUGAUGUAGAACUGCCAGCAACCAUCAAGACCCAUAACAUAAUUGAGAGGACAGCCAACUUUGUGUGUCAGCAAGGGGCGCAGUUUGAGAUAGUGCUAAAAGCUAAGCAGUCAGGAAACUCCCAGUUUGACUUCCUCCGCUUUGACCAUUACCUGAACCCCUAUUACAAGCACAUCCUUCGGGCUAUGAAAGAAGGGCGAUACAACCUCGUCUCCACCACCAAGCAGGAGCAGUCACAGGAGUCCCAGUCUGAUGAUUCAGAUGAUGAUGGGGAUGGCAAUUACCUUCAUCCCAGCCUGUUUGCACCUAAGAAGUGCUCUCGUCUAGAGGAGCUAGUCAAGCCUCUCAAAGUAAUGGACCCAGACCAUCCUCUUGCAGCACUCGUCAGAAAAGCCCAUCAGGAAAGAAAUGGGACUGCUGCUGUUACGACCAAACCAGAGGAAGUGGCGGACACAGCUGCACCCAGUGCUCCCACACAGUACAGUGCUGACCCUAUUUAUUAUCGCUACUAUAUGCUUCCUGAUGGAACGUUCUGCUUGGCCCCACCUCCCCCAGGCAUUGACGCCACCGCUUACUAUAACAAUAUGCCCUCGGCUGUAAUGGCUGCUCCUACUUCUUCCUCUAAUGUGGGGACUACACCCACCCCUUCAGAAAUGCCACCGCCAGCUACAGCGCCUUCUCAGAUCACUAGCUCAGCUGCUUCAGCCAGCGCACCAGAAACCAGUCCCAAAGUCGAAGUCCAAGUUUCUGCACCAGCACCACCAGCCAUCAUUCCUCCGCCACCUGAUAUCCAGCCGGUCAUUGACAAGCUCGCUGAGUAUGUUGCUCGAAAUGGCCUCAAGUUUGAAGCCAGUGUUCGUGCCAAAAAUGAUCCACGGUUUGAGUUUUUGCAGUCUUGGAAUCAAUACAACACCUAUUAUGAGUUUAAGAAGAAUUACUUCAUGCAUAAGGAAGGAAAGGCAUUUCCAGAGAGUGGAGCAGAUGAUGACGAAGGUCAGCUUGCUUCAGACAGCUCAGUCCAGGAAUACAAUCUGAGUAAAGCUUCGUUUGCCCCCAUCUGCUUUGCGAUCAAGGCAAAGGAAAAUGACAUGCUGCCACUGGAAAAGAACAGAGUUCGACUGGACGAUGACUCAGACGAGGACAAGUUACUGGAGGAGGUGGAGCUGGAAGCUGUGAUGAGCAGUGCUGAGAUGCUUAACAAAGAGCCUCUUCCAGUCAGUGCACCAGAAGAGAAGAGAUCCGCUCUCACGUUGGAGGAGUUGGAGGCAAAACAAGGGUUUGAGAUUGGAGGGAAUACAAAGGAGCAGGAGAGGAGACGAAUAAAUCCCCUGAGUCUGAAUUAUAAAUUCUCUGAACAGUGUGUACCCUGCGCCAAGCAGAAACUGGAGGAUCGUCUCGCUGCUGCAGCCAGGGAGAAGCUGGCCCAGGCAUCUAAGGAAUCCAAGGAGAAACUGCUACAGGCGGAGAGGAAGAGGAAGGCAGCGCUUUUCCUACAGACCCUCCGUAGCCCCUUAGCUGGGGAGCCUGAGGCCAAGAGGGUGGAGCUAGACUCAUCUGCAUCGCUUGAGAUGCAGGAGGCUCUUUGUGCCUUGUCUGGCCUUCCACCCUCUCAAGUGUCCAUGGCACAAUCGGCAAAUCAGACGGAAUACAGGUCCACCACGGAGAACCAUGGAACGCACCGCAGCAAAGAGGCCCCAUCUUCCUCGUCCUCCUAUUCUACUUCAAGAGGAGCAGAGAGAGACAGGGACAGGGAGAGAGACCGUAACAGAAACAGAGAGAGAGACCGAGAACGAGAACGCGACAGAGACAGAGACAGAGGGAGGGACAGGGAUAGAGAGCGAGACAGAGACAAAGACAGAAACAAAGGGAGGGACAAAGACAAAAAGAAGAAAAAACACAGGAGGAGGUCACGAUCGAGGUCAAGGUCAAAGAACAGACACUCCCUUCCCAGUGCCUACAGGAGAGGCCGCAGGUCCCGAUCUCGUUCACACUCUCCAGGGCGCAGAGACAGGAGAGGACCCUCUGCAGAGAGGAAGCGCGAGGAGAGGGAACGGGAGCGAUAUCAUCCCAGCAGCAGCUCCAACGCGCCCAGGGGCCAUUCCAGAUCCAGGUCCCCUGCUGAGAAAAGAAAGAGUUCCAAGUCUUCUGGACAGACGCAAGCUGCAGUUUCCUCCCUCUCACCAUAUUCCUCACCUGGCAGAGUUUGGUCCCAGCCACUUAGCCCUGCCUCUAGCAUGGGCAACUCAAGGGGCGGUUCUCAGGAGAAAGACAAUGCAGUGUCCUCUUCUAUAGUGUCCUCUGUGCAGUCCAAAAUAACUCAGGAUCUGAUGGCCAAAGUGCGAGCCAUGCUAGCCACAUCCAAAACCUUCCAACCUCCCACUUCCUGAAGGCGCCGCCACCGUGCGCUGGCGUCGGCCGAGCAGCAGGCGGCGUUCGCCCACGUCCUGGAGACUCUUCUGUCCUGGAUCUGUCGGUGGCGACUCGUCGAGUUUUCCCUUGAUUUAUCAUUUCAUCCUUACGUGUCAUUCGCUUCAACAGAUUCAGCCGGGUUGCUUUAUGUCCUGGGCAGCGUUGUGCGAAUGAAGUUAAAGGAGCUCAUUAAGCUGAAGUAUAGUUUUUUUUUAUUACGCCUGAUUUGGGGAAGUGUUGAUCAGCUGGAGAUCACAUCAGACAACAGAUUUCUGUGCAGGGGGACUCAGAAGAGGAAAUAGUUCUCUUGUUAUUUUUCACUCUCGUUUCUCCCACACGUCGACUGGUUUUGUUUUCGUAGCACUACCAGGCGCUGCUGGAGGUCUGCAUUCUCGCCUUCUGUGAAGGGUUGUGUUUUAAUAAUUGCAUUUCUCUUCCACUCUCAUCUACUGCCCCGCGCUGCUGUUUCCCCUAUUUCCUCCCCCCACGAGUCUUUUUCUCUCCAGCGCCUCACCCGUCUCCCCGAGAGGCAGUUUUAAUUUUGACUGUGCGUCAGCUGUAGUUGGUGGCCUUUUAUUUCUGUUCAUGAUUUGUACUGAAUCUAAAUACUACUGUACUAAAUCUAAAGGAGAACUACUUUCUAAUCCAAACUGUCAAUAAAGUUACAUUUAUAAUGUAA